GAGGCAGAGCUUAGAAAGAACCCCAAUGCCACCAUUGACAGCCUAAGGAAUAGUACAUCUACGUACUCGAUUGAAUAUUGGGAACGGACAAGUUGUCAAAUAUUCCUGUUAUCUGCCACGGCCAAUAGUUGUUCGAUAAUAUUUCGCACCUGCCUGGAGGACAAGCGAACAGGCAUUUUGGCAGGCGAUUUAACGCUCAACUUCUCCAUCGUGCAAUGUGCCAUAUCACAAGGUUCUUAAUUCCUCUGACUUCAAGCUGAAAUCUGCGUGUACUUGUUCUGAUUCGGCACCUAUGGAUCACACUCGCAGAGCCGCCCUUUCCUUCGUAAAUCAUCCCAUACCUUUUGAAUCCGGUCAGUUCGCAGGUCAGACCGUCCGCGCAGAGUUGGUUGAAGUGCAGAAAGCGGACCUGGGCAGAAAAUAUGCAAGAGUAGAUCGCCGGCCCCUUGACCCCCCACCAGUCGUUCUCCUUCGCUUGUACUACGUACAUGGCUUUGGCACCGAUAAAGAAAUUGAGGAGGAAAUUGAGGAUUAUGAUGACGUGCAGAGUUUGGGUCUUCUAUGUAACGUUGAUCUAUUUCCAGUUCCAAGUGAAAUCCCACCAAACGAAAAACACCCAAAUAGUUCCUUAUCUCCUCCACCGCCUUAUCCUGUAUCGUCAAUACCAUCCCACCCCGAACUGUCUACCUCAACCUUCUCGUCAUAUAUCUCGCCUUUCUCUUCUGAAAUCAUUCGACCUUCCUUGUCUAUACCUUCUGGUCCCCGUGUAUUUAUACCCAAUGGCAACCACCACACACCAUCCCGCCAUAGCCCAGAUGUCAUCGCUCACUAUGGAACUUACCCAGUGGCCGAAAGUUUAAAAUGUACCAGCUCCCUCGUCGGCGCUACCUUUGUCCAACCCGUCUACGUGGAUCACAGUGGGAGGAGGUCUCUUAUGUUUGUUUUUGCUGACCUAGCUGUUAAAAUCGAGGGCUUUUUCGUCUUGCGAUAUCGCGUUUUUGAUAUAUUCUCAAAGACGUACGGCAACGGUGACCUUCCAAUACAGGCCGAAUGCUUCGGGGGAGCUUUUAAGGUUUACUCCACGAAAGAGUUCCCUGGAUUACGAGCAUCUACUAAACUUACCAAGCAACUAGCCAGAGGCGGAGUCCGGUUGAAUAUCCGCGAGACAGAACGUAGGCGGAGAAAGGUCAACAAGAAGCUAAGCACUAGCCUCAAUCCGUGUCCUGCGGUGGACAAGGAAAUAGACGAUGGAUCUGCAGCUGAUAACUCGAGGAGUGAUAACGAAUGGAGUCAAUCUCAGGGCGAAUCUCAAACCAUGACUUUUCGAUGAAAAAAAAAUUAUAUACAAACCGUCGAUUAUACUCACUUCACAAGUUAAAAGCUAGUAGGACGUUCGGUGAGGUCUACAUUGCCUUUUUGUUUUGAUAUGGGGAGCUACAAGCUUGUCUUUUCAUUUCUGGUCAUAAGGGCUGACAUUCAUCUAGUCGUUUUGUUUAUCACGUUCGCUGGUUAUGGAGCAAUUUCUCUUUUCUUGGAUAGCUAUCACCUUGUAUUAUUCACAAGUACCAUAUGUCAACCUUUGUAGAGUGCAAGGGAAUAGUAGGAACCUAUACC